GAAAGUUAGAUGUUGGCUGUGCCCACUCAAAACUACUACACUAUUAUAGAGGCAAACUCAGAGAGCUAUGUUUCAUUUUCAACACUUCCUCGCGAUUCAAUGGUGUUUUGAACAAAGACGUUGCCAUAUUGCUGACAGUAAAAGUGAUUGGCAUAAAUGGAGCCAAAACAAAAUCAAGAGUGUGCCCCCAGCACGGCCCACAUUAUGUACCAGUUGUAUUAGGAAGGUUUUGACAAAUGUUAAUGUAAAUAAUUGAAUUGUUACUCUAGAAGUUGUAAAUGUCUUUCAGUAAAGUAUCUAGAAAAAGUUGUGAAAUUAUCCCCGACCUUCUCAGCAAUAACUGCCAGACUCUCUCUCAGGGCGAAGAAUCCAGACACUGGACCAGUGUGGUGGUAUCUAAAACCCAGAGCAAGCAUGAUUAAAUAUCCAGCACAAUGACAUCCAUCAAUUUCUUUCUUUUCCAAAGCUUGAAUAAUAAUAGCCAAGAAUUUAAACAUCUAAUGUUUUUUAGUCUAGUUCUAACAGAGUUUAAGCGAGAUUAAGGUGGUAUGAAGAGAGAGGAUGAAAUCAGUUGGCUGUAAUGGACUUACACUCUGGCUGGUUGGCCAUCACAACCCCAGUAGUUGGACAAAUGAGUCAUAUCAAAGAGGUAGGAUACAGGUUUUGUUUUCCUGUUAAACAUCUUGUGGCUGUGAGGGGUAAUAAAGAGACAAAGAGAUGAUUGCUUGGUCUGAUUUUUGUAUGCGGUUGUAACAAUUUAGGACUUGUAUAUGAAAACAUGCACAGUCCCUACUCACCAUGCUCUGUCAUUAAAGGAGAUAGGUGCUGUGCCAGGAGGUGCAUUCAGAGCCUUCUGAGAGCCAGUGUACAGGAUGUCAAUAUCUAGGAGCACAAUGAGAGGCAGAUUAUACCACACGCAAGCACAUGGUAGCAGGUAGCCAUCGUUAUUCAUUAAUCGUCUUACUUUGCUUGUCCAUAAAAAUUGGUGCUGCACCAAGAGAUGCGACUGUGUCAACAAGGAAGAGGCAGUUAUGUCUGUGGGAGAGAACAGUGAGGAAGAUGACAUUGUAUUUGGUAAUUGUAUGAAACCGUUUUGUACGAAGUGCUUGAGGCAGAUACUUUAGGAGGCUCACUUUCUGCAGAUGUCUCCAAUGCCGUCUACUGGAUGACAGAGGCCAGCGGAAGACUCUCCAUGUGUGAGGAAAAACAGGACAGGCUUGUGUUUUUCUACAGCCUAUAGAAAGACAUACAAUAGAGUUUAAUCAGAUAUGUGUUCUUGUUACUGACUGUGUAGAUGAUUAUAUUUCUCAGUCAUGUCAUAAUAGUUCAGACAUUUGGACUGACCAUAUUUUUUAUUUGUUUUUGAUGUAGAUUUAGUAAGGUAUGAACUGCCUACCUGUUCAAUUUCCUUAUUGCUGAAAUAUCCUCCAGGUGUUUUUACCAUUCUAUGUACAUUGGCACCUAAAGAUAAAAAAAAACAUUUGAGACAGACAGACAGACAGACAUAUAGAUUAAUGGCAUGAUAAUAUAAUACACAAUCAGUGUAAAUGUAGUAGUUUAUUUUCGUUGGAUGCGUGCGUAAAACCGUGCGUAAAGACGUACCCAUUCUUUCUGCAAUUUCUGCAACGCGCUCUCCCCAGAUUCCGUUAAUGGCAACGAGCACGCUCUCUCCGGGCUCCACCGUAUUGAACACCGCGCACUCCAUGGCCGCGUGCCCGGAGCCACUCAUAGCUAUAGUCAUGUUGUUAUCUGUCUGAAAGAUGUACUGGAUCCCUCUCUUGAUGUCAUUCAUGAUCUGAGAAAUACAAUAAAAACGUCAAACCACUUUAUAGCCUAGUUUGUCAGCUAUUGUUACCAUAUAUACGUGGCCUAUGCGUAAUUCCGCACAAACUAUUGAUGCAAAUGCAAAUAUUUUUAUAUUGGUCUGUUUAUGAUUAAAUCUAAAACAAAGUUGAACUUGUAUUGAGUUUUAACAUGGAUAACUGGUGUAUCACAAAUGUUUAAGUUGAAUUUAGUCCAAUAAAACCCACACCUCAGUGGUGGAAAAAUAAUUUUCAAACAAUUUUAGGCUACUCUACCAAAAUGAAUUAUACCACAGUUAACACUUACAAGUUAACAAUACUAUUCUAAACUUACUAGACUGAGAUUAGCCAGAAGACAAAAUGCAACUGCGCCUCCAAAUUGUACUAAAGUUUUGUAUUUUUGUAAACAUGCUUAUUUCCAAGUAAUUAUAAUUGUAUAUAUAGACUAAUAUCAGUCUAUUUGAGUUUAAAACAAAGCGUUUACCUCAAACAUUUCUGGAUGCAUGUGACCAAUUAUCGGCCUGCCCUGUGCGGCUAAAAUACGUGGAGGAACGUUUGAGGGUCCAGGUCCAAACAGGUAACGCAGUGGAGCUUCCAGCGGCCGGAGAAUGCAUGUUGGCGGCGGGAUGGUGGCGGAGGAAAUGGAGCGGUCCAGGCGCUGCAGCAGAGGCGCGCUCCUCGCGGCCAGAAGACUGUCGACGGCCGCUGCUACCGGCUGGGCGAGCAGCGCGCUCCGGCUAAACAAAGCCCGCUGCAUCACAGCUGGUGUUUUGGUUCCCGAGAAGCCUGCACCGAGUGUUAUCACCACUGACAGACGGAGAGACUGAUUGUGACGGUGAGUUUUAGGUGAAGAUAUAAAACAAACAGGUCUUUGACCUUUUGGCCAGGGGCGGUGUGCCUCCCCUUACAGCUUGUGACCUUUAGAGUUGGCAAAACGAGGCACAAAAAAAAAAAGUGUUAUAUAUUGCAGAUUUAUGGUUAACUUAUGCAAAUAUUUUGCAUUUCAAGGUUUUAAACGUUUGAAACUUUCAAAAUUAGAAAAUACUCAAAUAGCUUCUGAACAGGUGGAUGUCAAAGCCUUCCCCCUGUUUGGAGGAGACUUUAAGGAAAUAUACAAUAAAAAUCAUGACAUGAAAUGAUUUUAUCAUCAGUGUCCAAGCUUCAAGUGUCAGUGUUUUUAAGAAAUUUAAAUUUAAGAAAAUUCUCGUCAGUCACAAAGACUCAUCAAUGCAUGUGUUAUUUUGUUACAGUUUGGAGCCACCAGAACUAUUUUUUUGUGUCUCAUUCCUGGUCUAGAUCCAAAUAACCUGACACUUGUAGAAAAGGGAGGAUGUCCACUUGGCAGCUUAGAACCGGUUCAUGUCAGUUUGCAAGUGGUUUGUUGAUUUUGUUUGAGCAUUCAGUUACAGCAGCAUUGCGUUUGUAAAGAGGAGUCUCCUCUCAGAGAGCCAAUCUGCUCUCUCAGAGGUUGAAGGGGCGGCACACACACACACACACACACACACACACACACACACACACACACACACACACACACACACACACACAACACCCAACCAACCACCAAUACACACACUACAAACACCACAGAAAAUGCCUCAAUCUCAUUGUCUAGUGUACAUAAGCAUCAUACAUGCAAAGUGUAAAGUAAGCAUUUAUGGUAAUUUCAGACUUUGUUCUGUUUGUUGUGCUUUCUUGUUUCAGAUGUUUUUCUUGUCUCCAUUCUACAAAAUGAAAUGUCACACAAUGGGCUCAAAAGUUUUUACCCACACAGGAUAGUUAGGUAGAAUAGAAAGUUAUUCAACUUCAGUUGUUUAGAAAUGCAAAUUGUGUCUGAGAUCCAGCUGAGAGAGGUCAGGUUAGAUUUGAUCUGUGUACAAGUGUGGGGUAAAAAACACAUUUAUCUCUCAGACUUUGGUUGGAUUUGUGUGGAAUAUGCACUCUGUAACUCUAACUGUUGUGUCACAGCUAGCAGGAUCACCAGAAGGUGCCCCUCUCUGCGUCUGGCUGGGUAAAUAAUUACACCACUGGUAAAUAAUUGGGACCCUGUGUUAUCCUCUUACUGGCCUUUGCACUAGACUGAACACUCAAAAUUUACCCAAACAGAGUAGGAGGAGGAGCUGGAGAGGGAUAGACCGAAAGAGAGGGGCAUGUAAAAAAAAGUUUAUCCACAGGGUGCAAUAUAAAGCUGUUACAACAUUCAGUUCAAAAUGGGAUGCUAUGUAGGCCCACAAGGCCAUGGCCUUUUUUCUGACAUGUAAAUAAGAAUGAAAGUGGAUGAAUUAGGGCUAUAACAUCCAGGUUUUCAUAGAUAUAUUGCUUUCUUAUAUUACACACCAAAUAUAGUAGGUUAUUUGAAAGUCUACUUAUUAGUAACCGCAUAACGUUCCACAUGUUUUCACUAUGCUUUAGAAAUGGGCACUCUGUAUGGAUUAAGAUGCUAGAUUUUGAUGAAACUUAACCAGUCAGUUUUCUCAAGUAAACAAUCACAUUGUUGGAUUGAACUCAGUGUAGGCCUACUCCCAUCAGCUCCUUCAACUUAACAAAAGCAGAAUGUGGGGGGCUCGGCUGAAACUACUUUACUACUUUUACUACUAAAAAUAGCUGAAGGUCCACUUAUCCCCUUGUUGUUAUUUUAUUAAGGAUUAUGCAUUAUGUGAGCAAAAUCACAACAAAAAUAAUAAAACUAGAUUUUGACACAAAAAAAUAUGAAUAGGCCUAAUGCAGGACCUGCCUUAGCUGAUAUUAUACUUUCAUAUUAUUAUACUUUUGGAUCCCUGUUGGGACAGUUAGUCUGAAACCAGAGUAACUGAGUAAUGGAAAGCUUAAAUCUCCAGAACAAGUGAGAAAAUGGACCUAGAUUUGGACUUUUUUGCUGUUUUAAAAAGAUAGACGAUGCAUCUCAGACUUACAGAGCUCACUUGUUUUGACAUUUACACUUCCAUGUUUUAACUUCCAGUUAAAAACCUUUCGCCUCCUAUUUCCAGCCAUAUUUGUCUCUGUAAUAGGUUUAUCAUGGUCCAUCCCCGUGCCUCUAUUCCCCCUCUGCUGUGUGCCUGUGCUGCAUGGCCGUGCCUCGUUGCUGCUGAUGAUGCUGAUGAUGAUGCUGCUGCUGAUGUCAUCACCACCUCCCAGCAUCCCUGGCACAGCAGCGCCGCCAUUUUCCCUAGUUUCAGACUGACUGACGGACAGACUGACGGCGGGCCAGCCUCCUGUUUAUCCACCCGGCCCUCGCUCCUCCCUCAUCCUGUUUCUCACCGCUGCGUUCAACACCCUGCGGUGCUGCUGCUGAGGCUGAGGCUGACUCCUUCCCCAGCGGAUUCUCCAUGUAUGGAUGCGCCAAGGAAAAGGAUGCUGUAGGCUGACCAAAGUCACAGAGAAAAACGAAACAUACACACACUGCCGAGGAGAUUCAAGAAGGAGGCACCGGAGGAUCCGGGCGCUGUUUUGAAUGGGCAGAGGAUUCACCACUCCGCGGUCGUCGAGUCUGAAUUGCUGAGGUGCCAGGUGUGUGUCACACAGAUCUUCAGCUCUCCUGCUACACACCAUCCUGCAACAUGGCGACGGCUUCAGUGAAGGUGGCUGUGAGGGUCCGACCCUUCAACUCCAGAGAGAUGGGGAAGGACAGCAAGUGCAUCAUUCAGAUGUCAGGAAACACCACCACCAUCCUGAAUCCCAAACAGCCGAAAGAAAACAAGAGUUUCAACUUUGACUAUUCUUACUGGUCACACACCACGCCUGAGGACAUCAACUAUGCAUCCCAGGUCCAAGUAUACAAGGACAUCGGAGAGGAGAUGCUGCUCCAUGCCUUUGAAGGCUACAACGUGUGCAUAUUUGCAUACGGCCAGACGGGAGCGGGCAAAAGCUACACCAUGAUGGGGCGACAGGAAAAGGACCAGCAAGGAAUCAUACCUCUGCUGUGUGAGGACCUUUUCACCAAAAUCCAUGGAAGCAAUAACGACAACAGCAUGGGUUACUCUGUGGAGGUGAGUUAUAUGGAGAUCUACUGUGAGCGUGUGCGUGACCUGCUGAAUCCCAAAAACAAAGGAAACCUGCGUGUCAGAGAGCACCCUCUGAUGGGACCCUACGUUGAAGAUCUGUCCAAACUAGCUGUCACCUCGUACAACGACAUCCAGGACCUGAUGGACUCCGGAAACAAGGCCAGGACUGUGGCGGCUACCAACAUGAACGAAACCAGCAGCCGCUCCCACGCCGUCUUCAACAUCAUCUUCACACAGAAGAAACACGACAUGGACUCGGAGAACACGUCGGAAAAGGUUAGCAAGAUCAGCCUGGUGGACUUGGCUGGCAGCGAAAGAGCCGACUCAACUGGAGCUAAAGGAACCAGACUGAAGGAAGGAGCAAACAUCAACAAAUCUCUGACUACACUGGGGAAAGUUAUUUCUGCUCUGGCUGAACAGGAAUCAAUACCACCAAACAAGAACAAGAAAAAGAAGAAGGUGGAGAGUUUCAUUCCCUACAGAGAUUCAGUUCUGACUUGGCUGCUGAGGGAGAACCUGGGAGGAAACUCCCGUACAGCCAUGGUGGCUGCCCUCAGCCCUGCUGAUAUUAACUAUGAUGAGACCCUCAGUACCCUCCGGUACGCUGACCGUGCCAAACAGAUCCGCUGUAACGCUGUGAUCAACGAGGACCCCAACAACCGUCUGGUGCGUGAGCUGAAAGAGGAGGUGGCCCGCCUCAGAGACCUGCUGUUUUCACAGGGUCUGGGAGACAUCAUAGAGACGUAUCGCUGCACCGGCCCCGACAUCGCUGGUUUGAAAUUGUCCAAUGCCAUGACAGGAAUGAGUCCCUCCCCCUCGCUCUCGGUCAUGUCCAGUCGCGCCGGGUCCAUCAACAACCUCCAUGACCGCAUCUUCAGCCCGGCAAGUGAAGAGGCCAUCGAGAGGCUCAAGGAAACCGAGAAAAUCAUCGCAGAGCUAAACGAGACAUGGGAAGAGAAGCUGCGUCGUACGGAGGCCAUCCGUAUGGAAAGGGAGGCCCUGCUGGCUGAGAUGGGUGUUGCCAUGAGAGAAGAUGGAGGCACUUUGGGCGUCUUCUCCCCGAAAAAGACGCCUCAUCUGGUGAACCUGAACGAAGAUCCGCUGAUGUCAGAGUGUCUGCUCUAUUACAUCAAAGAUGGCAUCACCAAGGUUGGCCGAGAAAAUGCCAAGACUCGCCAAGACAUUGUUCUCAGCGGCCAUUUUAUCAAAGACGAACACUGCACCUUCAGCAGCACCACGGGCCCUCAGGGAGAAGGAUGUGUCAUCCUGGAGCCAUGCGAGGGCUCAGAGACGUACGUCAACGGGAAGAGAGUGAGCUCUCCCAUUGUUCUGCGAUCUGGGAACCGCAUCAUCAUGGGGAAGAGCCACGUGUUUCGCUUCAACGACCCGGAGCAGGCUCGUCUGGAGCGAGAGAGGACGCCGUGCGCCGAGACGCCGGUGGAGCCCGUCGACUGGGCCUUCGCUCAGAGAGAGCUGCUGGAGAAACAAGGCAUCGACAUGAAGCAGGAGAUGGUGCAGAGGCUUCAGGAGCUUGAAGAUCAGUACCGCAAAGAAAGAGAAGAAGCGAGUAACCUGCUAGAACAGCAGCGGCUGGACUAUGAGAGUAAACUGGAGGCUCUUCAGAAACAAGUGGACUCUCGGUACCUGGAGUCUCCUGAGGAAGAAGAAGAGCCUGAAGAGGAAGUGCCAUGGACGCCACGUGAGACCGAUUUGGCUCUGUGGGCGUUCAGGAAGUGGCGUUUCUACCAGUUCACCUCUCUCAGGGAUUUGCUUUGGGGCAACGCCAUCUUCCUCAAAGAGGCCAAUGCUAUCAGUGUGGAGCUGAAAAAAAAGGUGCAGUUCCAGUUCGUGCUGUUGACAGACACCCUCUACUCUCCCCUGCCCCCCGACCUGCUGCCCCCCAGUGUGGCCAAAGAGAGGGAGAGACGACCUUUCCCCCAAACCAUUGUCGCCGUUGAAGUACAAGAUCAGAAGAACGGAGCCACACAUUACUGGACUCUGGAGAAACUCAGGCAGAGGCUGGACCUGAUGAGGGAAAUGUACGACCGCGCUGCAGAGCUCCCCAGCAGUGCUGUGGAGGACUGUGAUCACGCUCUGACCGGAGGCGACCCCUUCUACGAUCGCUUCCCCUGGUUCCGUCUGGUCGGCAGGGCUUUUGUGUACCUGAGUAACCUGCUGUACCCGGUACCCCUGGUACAUCGCGUGGCCAUCGUCAGUGAGAAAGGAGAGGUGAAAGGCUUCCUCAGAGUGGCUGUGCAGGCAAUCUCAGCUGAUGAGGAGGCCCCCGAUUAUGGCUCUGGUGUGAGGCAGUCGGGCACUGCCAAGAUCUCCUUUGAAGACAAACAGUUUGAGAAGUUCCAGACUGAGUCGUGUCCAGGUAGUCUCUCCCACUCUAACACCUCCCAGGAGGAGCUGCGAUUCGUGGAGGGAGAAGGACAGACCGCAGAGAUUGGAAUCUCUGCCGAUGAAGUCAACAACAACACCUGUCCAGCCGACAUAGAGGCUCCCCGCAGCCCAGUGAAGAGUUCAAGUCUGGCUCUGGAUCUUCCCCUGGACCUCUCUCCGGAGAAAGCUCUGUCCCACUUGAAGAUCGGCAGCACCUUCACCUUCAGAGUCACCGUCUUACAGGCCUCCAGCAUCUCAGCCGAGUACGCCGACAUCUUCUGCCAGUUCAACUUCAUCCACCGCCAUGAUGAAGCUUUCUCCACUGAGCCGCUGAAGAACACAGGCAGGGGACCUCCGCUGGGCUUCUACCAUGUUCAAAAUAUCACAGUGGAGGUGACAAAGUCCUUCGUUGAGUACAUCAAGACUCAGCCAAUCGUCUUCGAGGUGUUUGGUCACUAUCAGAAACAGCCCUUCCCCCCGCUCUGCAAAGACCUGAUCAGUCCCCUGAGACCUUCCAGGAGGCAGUUCCCCAGGGUGAUGCCCUUAUCAAAACCAGUGCCGGCCACAAAGCUCAGCACUCUGACUCGCUCCACCGCUGGACCUUGUCACGCCAAAUACGACCUCAUGGUCUUCUUUGAGAUCUGUGAGCUGGAAGCUAACGGAGACUACAUCCCAGCUGUUGUUGACCACAGAGGUGGGAUGCCCUGCCACGGCACGUUCCUCUUACAUCAGGGCAUCCAGAGGAGGAUCACAGUUACCAUCGCGCAUGAAACAGGAAAUGAUAUUGAGUGGAAAGAGGUGAAGGAGCUGGUUAUUGGUCGUAUUCGAAACACACCAGAGGCAGAUGAGACCAUCAUAGACCCCAACAUCCUUUCCCUCAACAUACUGUCUUCUGGAUACUUCUGGCCAAAACACAGCGACAACGUCUCCUUGGGAGUUGAUCAUAGAACUUUCUACCGAUUUGAGGCAGCAUGGGACAGCUCCAUGCACAACUCUCUGCUUCUGAACAGAGUCACUCCCUAUGGGGAGAAGAUCUACAUCACCCUCUCGGCUUAUCUAGAGAUGGAGAACUGCACUCAGCCAACAGCGAUCACCAAAGAUUUCUGCAUGGUGUUUUAUUCCCGUGACGCGAAGCUGCCGGCCUCUCGCUCCAUCAGAAACCUCUUCAGCACCGGCUGCCUCCGGCCCUCUGAGAGUAACCGUGUCACUGGAGUCUAUGAAGUCACCCUCUGCCACGUGGCGGACAACGGAAGUCCAGGCAUGCAGCGUCGUCGCAGGCGUGUGCUGGACACCUCGGUGGCGUACGUCAGGGGAGAGGAGAACCUGGCUGGGUGGAGGCCUCGCAGCGACAGCCUCAUCCUGGACCACCAGUGGGAGCUGGAGAAACUCAGUUUACUGCAGGAGGUGGAGAAGACCAGGCACUACCUGCUGCUGAGGGAGAAGCUGGAGGCGACUCUGCUGGCAGGACAGGAUGCACUCUACAAGAGCAGCGACAUCAGCGAUUUUGCAAAGAGCCCCGUCCUCAGCCACAGUCCUGGCAGCAGCCCUACCCUCGACAGCCCCAACCAGAGGCAGAGGGAGCUGGCUGCCAAGUGUCUGCGUCUGCUGAUGCACACCUUCAACAGGGAGUACAGCCAGGUGAGCAGCAGUGCCAGUGAGAGCAAGCUUUCUGAGAUGUCUGCGUCGCUAAUGAGAGACUCCUCUUCCUCCGGACUGAGCACGCUCACUCCGUCCUCUACCUGCCCCUCACUGGUCGAGGGAAAUUAUGAUAUUAGACACACUGAACCCAGUUCAGGAGCUUCCACACCAGAUCUGGACCCGUACAGCCCAGUGGACAGAAAGAAAGCUCUCAGAGGAUGCACCUUCGUUCCUGACAUACAGGAGAUUCGUGUCAGCCCUAUUGUGUCAAAGAAAGGCUACCUGCACUUCCUGGAACCCCACACCAGCGGCUGGGUGAAGCGCUACGUGGUGGUGCGCAGGCCCUACGUCUACCUGUACCGCAGCGAGAGGGACAGCGUGGAGAGAGCUGUCAUCAACCUGUCGUCUGCAAAGGUUGAGUAUAGCGAAGACAAACAGACCUUACUGCGGACUCCCAACACGUUUGCUGUGUGUACUGAGCAUCGUGGGAUACUGCUGCAGGCCACCAAUGACAAAGAGAUGCACGACUGGCUGUACGCUUUUAACCCUCUGUUAGCCGGCACCAUCAGGUCAAAGCUCUCCCGGAGGAAGUCGGUCCAGUCGAUUCCGUCGCCCCCAUCUGCUCCGAGGAUGUGAGAGGUGAACCUUGUGGAAAACAACAGACAAAACAAUCUAAGCUCCACUGACCAUCCUGCUCUAAUGAACAUAGACCAUAUAAACAAACUUAUACAUAAAAGCGCUUAAAUAACUUCUAUAUGACGACCGUCCCGGUCUCAAACAUCACUCGAUCGCUCAUCCCUAAACCCAACCCUGUCCUUUUUCUCUUUUUGCAGUCGCCACCUCAAAACCCUGCAUGGUGUGCUCCCCUCUGACCUGUAGAAGACCAUGUUAAUAAACUUGCCUCUGCUGGGCAUUGGGGCUAGUUUUGAUUAGCUUUCAUGCCGAAAUAUGUCAUCUGUGAGGCUACCAGAUCCCUGUAGAGAGUUAGUGUGCUCAGUCCCUCCUUCACGAAUAAUAACUGAAAAUAAGUCCCAGUUUUAAAUCAGCCAUUCAUGUACUUUUAAUUAACGCCAUUGGGUGAGUGGGAAAUUGCAAACAUAAAUGUGGAUUGUUUUUGUAGAAGUGUGUUAAGUGCAGGUAUGAUCGCUCAUUCAUGCAUCCAUCAUACACUGUACAUUACCUCAGUUUGGAUUGGCUUGGUGCUCUACAGCACAGCGUAUUUGUGUCACUGCAGAGGUUUCAGAUAGCAAACAGAUCAGUCAUUUUAACAUUGAAGUAGCAUGAUUUAUAGGACAAAAGGGUACGUUGUUGUUCCUGUGUCGUUUUUCUUUUUCAAACUGAUUUCAUGAAAACUGAGUUUGUUGGCUAGAUUAAGGCAAAAUAAUCCAUUAUCAGGAGAGAUAACUCAUGUCCUUGCCUUGUUCUCGUUAUGUGCUUCUUUUUUAAAUUAAUAAUCCUGUGUGCGUGGAAUCCUAAAGGAUAAUGUUAUUUAUUGUUGCUAUUGUAGGUUUUCUGCACUUAUUAUUUAUUUGUGACAGGACCACUGACCAGUUUUGUUGCAUGGCACUUUAUUGUCUCUAUUGAGUUAAUGUAUUGUACCAUUUACUCAUUUAUUUUAACCAAAGCAUUAUUUCUUUUCAAACCAUUGUUCACUGUGCUGCUGUGUUAGCAGACAUUUAAGAUGUUGAAGAAAUAGUUUGACGUUUUGGGAAAUACACUUAUUUGCUUUUCUUGCCGAGAGUUGGAUGAGAAGAUUGAUACCACUCUGUACCGUCGGUAAAUAUGAAGCUACAGCCAGCAGCCGCUUAGCUUAGCUUAGCAUAAGGAAUGGCAGCAGGGAUAGACAGCUAGCCUGUACAAAAGUAACUAAAUCUGCCCACCAGCACCUCUAAAACUCACUAAUAACACGUUAUAUCUUGUUUGUUUAAUCGGUACGCAAACUGAAGUGUAAAAAUGACGUGUUGAGAUUUUACAAUGUGCCUGGCUAUUUCUCGGCCACUUCCAGGACAAAUGAAGAUACAAAUGAAAUAUAAUGUGUACAUGUGUGUAUGUUAAAGUUGUUGGUAGCUGGAUUUUUUUUUGUUGCCUUCAAAUAGAGCCAGGAUAACCGUUUCCCUCGUUUCCAGUCUUUAUGCUAUGCUAAGCUAAUUAUCUUCUUGGUACAAACCCGACUGUACCAUCCUCACGAGGACGCAGUCC